AAUUAAAACGGAGCGGUCAAAAUUCUUUAUUUUCAAAUAUAUGUGUUGUUUCCUGAGAAGAAAAAAAGGAGGAACCUUCCGACACAUGCUUUGCAAAUUUACAUUUUACAAUUUGUAUGAAAUGAAAUGAAAGUGCGAAACUAUACGUCAGCUUUUCAGUUUUGUAACGUCAUGCCUUAUUGCUGUUCAACUAAUCCUCUGUUUACAAGAUACGAAAUGUGGUGAAACUGCUUUCCAGUUGAACGGUGGCAAAAACACCUAUCUCGUUCUUUUUUGUUAUGAUAUAUAACUUUGUUUAGAUAUUUUGAUUUUCAUUAUAUCCUAAUAGUGUAUUAUAUUUCAAUCACUUUUUAAACCUAUAUCGAAUAUUUUCAAUGAAUAACAUCAGUGUGUUUUAUUUUCUAGACAUGUUCUAUAUGGAAUCUUAAGCAGAAAAUGAAUGAAUAGACUAAUGCCAAGUACGAUGAAAACAAGUACUUCAGUCUGUGUAUUUGAAACUGCUCCUUGAAUAAGGCUCAUGUUGGUGCCACUGAGUACAUGAAGCUUGAAAUGUCAGCGUGAAUACACAAUGCAGUACUGUAUUGAGAGAAAACUUGCUUCCAAACGACAUAACAAAAAAAAAACUCUGGCACAUUUUGCUUCAAAACAUUCAGGAAAUAUAAUAAAAAGGUACAGUCGACGCAAACUACAUUUUAGGAUGGUAAGAUGGAAGAAGAGUGGUAGAACUGGGCCUGCUUGCGAGAAGUUACGAGGCAUGCGUUCAUUGUUCAGACGCGCUGUUUCUGUCAGAUGUUCUCAAGAAAACGCACUUUCGACCUAGUUUAUUGUUGUACAUUCAAAAAGUCUCGAAUAUAAAAUUUUGGCGGGAAAUUGAGGUCAUUCUUAUUUCAUGAAGGUAUGUCCUCAAUUCCAUUUCAAGCCUAAGUAUGAUAUUCCAAAGCUGAAUAUAAUAUUAAAAAGGACAAUAAUUUCAUCUCAUGCAUUUCUGUUGGUGUUUCAAAAAUUUUAGAAGACGGAUAAAACUAAAGAAUAGAUAAAACAGUCAUUUACUUUGAAAUGUUUCGUUAUUUACAUGACCGCCAGAAUGCUGAAAACAAAGUAUUUAACUAGUAUUUAGUGUAAAAGCGCAUUUUGACGCAGAUGCGAUUAAAUUUGGAUAUUUCCGGACUACGAAGACUGUGUCUCACUGCAGACCUUUGUAAAUUACAGACUCCAGUAUACAGCAAUUUGACUGAAAAGUAUCUUUAAUGUAUAUAUUUUGUGACCAUGGUAAUACUUACCAGUAUAUUACACAUAUUAUACUCUAAAUGCAUGCUGUCAUGCAACAAUUUGCGUAUUUUGCCGUGCGCUCCGAUUGAGGACUUGCGCAGAAGACCGCUCCAGCUCUGGUUGACUGCAAUGAGCAACAUCGCUUAAAGAAUUUCCGUGACACUGAGCUUAAAGUGAACAGAUGUUGCGAUAUGCAAGCAUCAAAUGGGGAUUUUAUAUUCACUUAUUUAAAUUAGCCUUGUCAGAUUUUUCUGUUGAUUCUUUUUCACAAUUUUACAUAUCACGGUUCACAAAUGAACCAUAAAUUGAAGUAAACAAGCAACCAUCGACUGGAUACAUUCCUUAAACAGUUACUGAGAUCAUGGCAUUGGAGAUGUACGUCUUACAAAUAUACAUUGAACUGAUUAAACUGAAGUAUACAGGCAUUUACUUAGCUCUAGAACUUUCCAAAAUGGAUAAAACAAUUUACCAGAUGCAUAUUGGUUGCACACAAUACUUAUUACGACGCCAGUAUUUAGAAAUCCUUGUGAAUGUACAAUUUGAUCUUAUAGAUAGUCUAAAACAAUUUAUGACAACCCUGAAACUUUAAUACUCUGACAGAAAAGGCAAGGGUGCCUAAAGUAAGUCAUCAUUAAUAAAUAAUAUUUUACAUGAUAAUAUAGUCAAAAUUAGUCAAAAAAAAAAUCCGUUUAUCUGAUAUUGAAGUAUAUUUCAAGAUAAUAUACUGAAAUUAUCAAUUCCUUAUUAAUGUUGAUAAUGUUAAUCUGUUUAAAUAAAAUGAAAUUCAUUUUGUGUACUUUCAUUGUCCUGUAUAUACAAACAUGUACCUAUAAAGGAAAGAAUGAACAAAUCGUUUGUGUGACGAAGGUCAUAUCAACGUCGCUUAUCAACUUUUCCCCGUCCCUACUACGGAUAUCUUUUUAUCUCAGCAUUUUCCAAAUGGCAUAAUUGACGAAACGCAAUUUGUAAACAAUAAAACUGAAUUAAGCUAUUCCUGAGUUUGAAAAAUUGUCAUUACAUUAAUUCUACCUAAUAAUGACAGAGUAAUGGCAAUUUCCCUUAAAAAACACAUGUCUCGCUUGGAGGGUGGGGGCGCUCCUUAAAAAAAUGUGGACUCGGAACGUUUUCAUUUUUUCUCCGAAUGAAAGACAGGAGGUGUUAGAACAUACAGACCGUAUAUUAGUCUUAUAUCUCAUAGUUUCGUAGGAAACCCACGAACCGACUUAAAUGUAUGCUUUCCAUUUUUAAGGUUGUUUGCAGCUUAUCAACUGCAAUUAUAUAGAACUAUAAGUGUAUACCGAUUGUGUAGGAGCAGUUUCAAUGUAAGGGAGCUGUGUAAGAGGGGAGCAUGGAAGUAGUGUAGAAUAUAACAUAAUGUAGCUGGCUUGAUAACCAGAAUGUAACAUAAUUGAGUCUAGAUUACCACUACUAAAAAUAAUGUUCAAUGAUAAUUAUGUGAUAUGUUGUUGAUUCUCAUUAUGUGUAAAUGUGAUAGUAUUCUCUGUGAUAUUUGAUAGAACAAUAUAGAUGAUCUCAACCGGUCUCAUUGCUUCAGGAGUGAUAGUUAUAUAUCAUUAUUAUGUUACUAAUGAAUCUUGGAAAUCUGAGAAAGCAUAUGGCUAACAGAAUAAUGGAAAUAAUAUAUUUAAAAACUUGUAACAAGAGACAUUUUUCAGUGAUUUGGAGCCCAAAGUUUUAAUGACUUAUAGCCAGUACUAUUUGUUUCAAAUAAGAGGUCAGUUUUUCUUUUAUAAAACUCGCGGGUCCAUCCAUAAACAUAAUAUGGCCAGCGCCUUAGCAACCAUAACUGUGUCAGAGCUAAAUUGUCUCAGAAAUAUCUUAAAACUUGAUAUAGUUUAACAAUUAAUUAUUCAGCAAUUUUACAUAGGAAUGUUUAUUAUAUAGCGAAAUUGCUUUAUAGCUUCUUUGCAUUUUGUUUAUCUUGACAUACAGAAAAUGGACAAGAAAACUAAACACUUUCUCACAGUUGUUCUGCUUACAGUUGUCUGCUUAGUAUGUCAACGAUUAUGGAUCCUAAUUAAAGUUGAAGAACAGACAUAUAUUUUACCAUCAAGCAAUACAGAAAGCAUACAUAAGCGAAAUUAUACACAUGAGAUACAUUUUCACAGGAAGGACACCUCUCCUGAGAAAACGGGGGCAUUACAGUUUCUUAAGAAUUUUAAAAAUCCUUGUUGGAAAGAAGCGACUGGUCACGGAAAAAGCAUGCGCAUCCAAUGUUUACCUUAUUUUUACAUAGUUGGCUCUCCAAGAUGUGGGACAACUGACUUAAAUAGUAGACUCAUCAUGCAUCCUUCUAUUUCAAAAAGAGUUUCUAAGGAAAACCACUGGAUAGCAAGGAAAAGAUUUUACAGAAAAGGAAAAAGUAACACGCUAUCACAAUAUUUGCGGCUGUUUGAUCGAGCAGUACAGACAGACAUAACAACAAAACAACGGAAUGGUUAUUACUACUCAAUAUUUGGUGACAGCAGUUGCUCAAAUUUAUGGGACAACGUUGUCUUAUUAAGAGAAUGGAAAAAAACAGGAAUGACAGAGAAGCCUUACUACACAAACGCAAACGUUAUAUACAAUUUAACACAUACUGCUAAAAUAAUAAUGCUCCUCCGAAAUCCUGUAACAAGACUUUACUCGGAUUAUCUAGCAUUUACAAGACGACGAGUAAAUGCUGCAGACUUUCACGAGAAAGUGGUAUUUUCUGUAGAUCACUACAAAUACUGUUUAAAGAAACAUGAUGAACGUUAUUGUGCGUAUUAUUACCCAAACACGGGAGUGAGACUAACGAUUGGCUUAUAUAUCAUUUACAUAGAAGAUUAUUUGAGAGUUUUCCCCAGAAAUCAGAUAAAAAUUUUAAAGACUGAAAAUUAUUCGGAGAAUAUAUCGAGUUCCCUGAAAGAUGUUUUCAAUUUUCUAGAAAUCGGUAUACCCACGGAAAGUAUUAUGAAUUCGAUAACUGGCAAAGGAAAGAUAAAUGGAAACAGAAGACGUCAAAUAGAAUCUGGGAAAAUGUUACCAAAGACACAUACUCUUCUAUCAAAUUUUUAUCAGCCAUACAACGAGAAAUUGGUUAAGCUAUUGGGCGAUCGAUUUAUUUUUUGAUAUUUGCAUAAACCUUUUUAAUUAGUCACAAACGAGGGAUAUUUCGUCAUGAAAAGUGUGUAAGGAAUUAAAUAAAUAGAAGAACUUUUGUGCGCCAAAAGAGUAAUAGGUUAAGAGUAAAGUUAGGUGAACAAUAGACCGGUUAAAAAAAAAUACAACUCCAAGUGGUGCUUUUGCUACUGACCGUUCCAAGUACUUUUUUAUUAGUUGUUUUUUCCUCAUGCUUUUGCUAUACGUGUGUAUAUGAACUUGGUGUGAGUUCAGGUUAAGGAAGCCGCGUUUUAGUAACGUAGCUACACAAUGUAACACUUUUAAGUAUCUUUUACUGUUUUUUACAUAAAUAAUUUCAUACCAUUGGAUGGGAUUAUACAUUACAACACAGGUCAUAAAAAGUGGUGUAAAAGAGUGACACAAGAAUCCAAAGAUAAAUUUUGUGUUAAAAAUGAUACAUAUCAGGACGACUUCAUUGAUGUAAAUUUCAAUAGUGCAUCCAAUCAUAUUUCAUGAAAAUGACAUUUUUAAAAUAAAUUGGUGAAGUGGACCCUUUUUAUCCGGAGAAGAUGAUAAUAUUUCAAGAUUUGUGUAAAAUGGCUUGUAUGUAUACAAUAACGUACUCGUCAUAGCAGUUUUCUGAUGUUUAGUUUUAUUUCGGCAGGAUUUUGUUUCCGGACUGUGUGUUGAUAGCUACAUAUAUAUCUAGAAUUUAUAGUGCUUACUUGAAGUUUGUAGUUAAGUUCCAGUGCCAAUAUUAUAAGGAUUGCAAUAAAUUUAUAUUUGUAAA